AAGAGCAAGAUGCAGGUUGGCGUGGUCCUUCUUUUGGGCCUUGUGGCCAUUACGACCGCCGCGAGCGUCUCUGGCCGAGCUGGCCUGGAAGGCGAUUCGCUGUUUGCGCAGGGGAGAGUUCGAUUGCCGACUUUCCUGGGAGGGAAUGGUCCCCUGGCUAGAGCGUCCAGGAACCUGAAGGGCCCAAAACCGCCCAUGGGACCAGUAAGACCACCAGGAGCAGGGGGUCCUUCGAGGUCUCCGGGUCCAUUGGGUCCUGAUGGUCCCCCUGGAUCGCAAAGUCCUGCGAAGCUUGAUGGUCCCCCUGGAUCGCAAAAUCCUGCGAAGCUUGAUGGUCCCCCUGGAUCGCAAAAUCCUGCGAAGCCUGAUGGUCCCCCUGGAUCCCUAAAUCCUGCGAAGCCUGAUGGUCCCCCUGGAUCGCAAAAUCCUGCGAAGCCUGAUGGUCCCCCUGGUCCUCAAAAUCCUGCGGGACCUGGUGGUCCUCCUGGCGCACAAGGACCUGCAGGACCCGACGAUUCUCCAGGACCACAAGAUCCUUCGGGGCCUCAGGAGCCCCAAAGUUCCCCAGGAUCAGAAAGUCCUACGAAGCCGGACAACUCCCCUGGAUCGCAAGGACCUGCGGGGCCCGGAGGUCCUUCAGGGCCUGAUGAUCCCUCUGCACCCCAAAGUUCCUCAGAACUCGACGAACCUUCAAGCCCUUCAGAUGCCUCAAAUCCAGACCAAUCUUCACCCCAAAGCGAUCCAUCGCCGAUUCCUGAAUUUCCCCCCACUUCCCCAGAGUUUGCCUUCCCAGAUUCCCCUAUAACGACUCGCUCCCGAUUUCCCAUGUUCAGCAACUUCAUCCCCCAGCUCCCAGACCCCAGCGAUCUGAUCCCCGACAUCCCUUACGACUUCACGGACCCUGAAAUCCCGGAGAUCCCACCUCUGACCGACCUAGAAGACCUGGACGACAUCCCAGGACUUCCCGGUGCCACUCUUCAAGCUAGGACUGGCCUGGGGACUGCCUUGGCCAUCGGGACCAACCUGACCACCGGCAUCCACAACGCCCUGGAACAAGUCUUCCUCAGGGGAAACGCGACCGAAGGAGCCAGGGAACUUGCCAGCACCAUUCUGAACACUUAUGCCGCGGUUGCCAGGAACUGCCCCAUCCUGGUCAUUAAGCAUCGCCUUAUCAGGGAGGGUGUCCAGCUCGCUAGAAACGUCUCCGGCAUCUUCCUGGCGUCGCUCUUCGGCUCCGCAGCUACGGGCUAACACCCUGAAGACCCGCCACAAACCAAUCUUUCCGAAUUUACCCGGCAUUUCGAUAUUUCCCUAAAUCCGGAAUACGAAGGGCACGUCUCGCUGGGGUUGUGUUCACCCUGAACCACUCCAAACAGUAAAUAGAAAACUGAGAAAAACUUGU